AUAUUUGCUCCGGUGGUUAGUUUUACAGAUAAAGCAGAGCAUUUAAUCUUUUACUGUUCGGCAUAAAAAAAACAGUCACUGUAGUGUUUCCAGGGUUUACUCUGUUCUGGUGUGCCCGCCACGCCACACCACCCAAGGAUGCAAAAACGCUUGAUUAAUCAUUCAUCCUGCUUUUCAUUAGUAUGGCCUCCCAAUGCUGUUUACUAAAUCAUGCAGAUAGCUCACAGAAUGGAGAGAUUGAAUUUAAUCGACGAAGUAUGUUGUUCAACUUUUAAGGGGUAGAGGUUUUAACCAUCGGAUUAAUGAAGUAUGCUGUAAAAUCAAACCCUACAAAAGGGACCCAAAGAUUCAAAGCUAAUGUGCUUCUCGCGCGAAGGACAGUAGAAGCAGUUAAUUGCCACUCUAACCACGAACCAUUCACGAAUGAAUCUCUUACUGUCGCCUGCUUCCCGUUUUCCUCAGGACGCUCCAACGUGUGUAUGUGUGUGUGUACCAACAGAAACACUAGCCCCUGAAGGAGACACAUUUCAGAAAUACCAAGCGAAACUUUUUCAAGAAUCAUGUUUCCCCGUGUGUUCAAAUGCAUUCCGCCACAAAUUCUUCCGCGCGUCGAGGAAUCAUGCUUCCCGGCUUUCAGAAGUACCACUCCAGCGAACCACCCGUACAUGCCCUCCAUCCCAAUCCCAUAAAAAAACAAGACCCUUUGAUGUUUUGCUGUCCUUUUUCCGGUUCUUUGCCAUGUUCGCGACCUCCAUCUAAUGAUCAUUGUCCUCGGUCACAAGCGCACUGUUCCAAUGGCCCUCGAAAGACCCCCUUCUUUACCCUGCUUUUACCAAUAUCUCCACUAGCGGGGCUUCAAUACCGACAAAUUCACAUAUUUUUUCAAAUACUCAAUAAACACAUUCGCCUGCGCCAGCCUUUUACGGUAACUGGCGGCAUGCCACAGUCUCUCGUACUGCGCUCGGGCUGCGCUACUGAAAAUACUGGUCCGACUUUUUGGCACACGUUUUGCGGGAGCGGGUUUUGGAUACGCGAUUCGAGCUGAAUCUUGAAUCUUGUUGCGAAAAUGUUUGGAGCUUUUUUUUGGCCACGACGCGGAAUGCAACAAAUUAUGGGAAUGCAUGAUGAGAGACGAUACGAUAAUAGGGGGGAAAUAACUGUUGCGUGUUGAUGUGGAUGAACCUGCGUUUUGCUGUUUCGUAGAAAUUAUGUUUGUUUUCAAUCUUUUGCUGGUGUACAGUGUUUGUAAGGUAAUUCGUUUGUCUUAAGAAGAUGGACUUAAAAUUGUGAUAGUCGAAUGAUAGUCGUGGCCAAGAGAUUUUAAAAAUCAACCAGCUCCUCCCAGUCAUCACCUACAACCAACAAAACACGCCCGCAAUGCAUUCCCGCCUGCUGAUAGUUUGCUGGCGGCGCAAACUUUUCUUUCUCGGCGCUUCACUGCUUUUCCUGCUGGCGCUGUGGUUUUGGGGCUUCCUGUACACUACACACAUUACCGAGGACGGUGGUAAGAUCGUGUCGGUAAGAGAGCUGAUGCUCGGCAGCGCACACGGCGGUCGGCACGAGAGUCUGCUGCAGCGAUUGGGUUUCCACGAGCGACACGACCCUGCCCUGGACGGUGGCAGUAAUGGAGUGGAACCACAUGGUGCAGCACACGGUGAGCAAGGAUCGGUUCAGCUUGAGGGCGAGGAGGGAGGCGUUAAGUUUGUUAAACCGACACCGGGUGGAUUGCGAUCCGCAAAGGUUCGCCACACUAACGAUUGGGAUGCAAUUAUGCAGGAUCGAACGGAUGAAGCGAAACAGAUCAAUCAACAACCAAGUGGCAAAGGGCAACCAUCACGUCACAUCUCGGACGAAAUGCGCAUGGCCGCCGAGCGACAGAGCCAUUACGAGCACGAGCUGAAACGAAUGGGCGUCCCGGUGAUUGCCGGCCUAGGCCCAGGCGGAAGACCUCCACCGGCCCAACGGUUGGUGCAUUUCGAUCUGAAGGGAGCGCCACCGAAAGUGUCCUACCUGCGACGACUGAUGCCGAUUCUGAAAACGCUUGGUGCGACGGGAAUUCUGCUAGAGUACGAAGACAUGUUUCCUUACGGUGGCUCGUUGCUACCGCUGGCAGCACGGAAUGCGUACAACAGGGACGAGAUAUUGGAGCUGCUCAAAAGCGCGUUCGCACUGGGUCUCACCGUCAUCCCGCUGGUGCAAACCUUUGGCCAUCUCGAGUACGCGCUGAAGCUUAAAGAGUUUGCCCACCUGCGUGAGACAGAGGAUUCGCCGCAAGCCCUUUGCCCGAGCUACAACGCUUCGAUGGCGUUCGUGGAGGAACUGUUGACGCAAGUCAUCGAGUACCAUAUGCCGGCCGAGAAUGGAAAUCUACUGCACAAAGAAGAUAUCGAACGAUUGACCCCGAAGCUAACCCACAUUCACAUCGGCUGCGACGAGGUUUACCGGUUGGCUGAGUGUCCACGCUGCCGCCAUCGGCUGAAGGAUCAACUGUUUCUCGAUCACGUGUACAACGUGGCCACGAUCGUGCGCCGUCGAUGGCCCCACCUGCGCGUCAUCGUCUGGGACGAUAUGCUGCGACAUAUGGCGCUUGAUGCACUGCAAGCCUCCGGCAUUGGAAAACUGGUCGAGCCGAUGAUCUGGGUGUAUGCGGAAGACAUCUACAAGUUUGUACAGUCGAACACGUGGGAGAAGUACGCAGCAGUAUUCCGUACGGCCUGGGCUGCGUCCGCCUUCAAAGGAGCCCAUGGCGAGGGAUUGCUGAUGCCACCGAUCAGACGCCAUCUGGAGAAUACACUCCGAUGGCUGGCAGUGAUGCAGGGCGAAGGCAAUCGGUUCAGUCACGGACUGCAGGGACUUGCCUUGACCGGUUGGCAGCGGUACGAUCACUUUGCCGUUCUUUGCGAGCUGCUUCCGGCGGCCCUGCCCAGCCUAGCGAUCUGCCUUUCGACAGCGGCGAAAGGAUACUUUGACGUGAGCGCACGCACCAACCCAAUACUCAGCAGCCUAACGUGCCCGGAGCCGACGGGGGAGCAUCAUGCCUGGUUGGAGCUGCACAGGGACUCGAUGAUGGUGAUGUUUUCGCGCUGCAUGUUUCCUGGCAGCAUGAUUUACCGGUUCAUACUACGCCUGGCGACACUAACGACCGAAACCGAGGAGUACACCGAUGCGAUCCGGCAGAGGCGCGGAUGGCUGACGGACUAUAAUAUUCGGCACAAUUUCAGCAGCGCAGCACGGGUCGACGAUUUGCUUGGCGAGAACUACCGCCUGCUCAACGCCGUCUCGAACCUUGCACGAACAGCUGCCUCCACACUGACGGAGGUGUACGAUCACUGGACCUAUGGUGAAUUCAUAGAGCAGCGAAUUUUUCCAAUGCUAGAGGAGCUAAAGCGGUUGGAACGUGCCGGUGAGGGACUGAAGAAACGACGCGUCUGGCCACAGCGUCCGCUACCCUAUCUGAAGCCAUUUGAAGUGCUUGGAAUCGACGAGAAAACCUAGCUAGCCGAGUAUGUUAAAAUCUCCCUCCAUUGAUGAUCGAAUUAAGGAUAAAGCACAAAAUUUUAACCCAGCACUCUCGGUUCGUAGUUUCGGGCCUGUUUUUGUAUACGAUUCAUCUCUUUCUCCACAAAAGUUGGGUGCUAAAGUCAACCCAACAGAUUUCUCACCCAACAAGACUGACAGAGAAAGAGUGUAUGUGUGUGCGCUAGUUAAGAGAUAAGUGAUUUAGUUAAUAGACAUUUUGGGAUAGUGUGUAGAUGAAAGUGUAGCUUUAAGAAGCUCGAAAUAGAAACAGGA